GAAGAACAAGAAUAACAACAACAACAGCACGAAUAUUUCAGGCUGGAUAGAGGAGCAUGUCCAGAACCCGGUCACUGUUGUGUGUUGUUGUUGCCGGUUAGCUGAUGGAAGUGUAACAAGAGCAAUGACAGCCACAGCCGUUGGUGUAUGAAAAACCAUCGGACUACACACUGAAAUCAGGAAACACCGGAUGAAGCAGCGUUACCAGGAUGGCAGGAGUGUUUGACAUAGACUUGGAGACUGAGGACAUCAGUGAUACAGAGGAUGAUGUCUGUGACUUCACUGUGACAGAACCAGAGAAUGUUCAGAAGGAGGAGGUGGAGUUGACCAGUGAGAGUGUCAACAGAGACAGUGAGAUAGUUGGACCAGACUGCUUUGAGCUUCUUACUGUGCUGGGAAAAGGAGCCUAUGGCAAGGUGUGUGUGUGUGAGAAGGUUCAAGGUGCCCAGAUGGGGAAGAUAUUUGCCAUGAAGGUCCUGAAAAAGGCUAAGAUCGUGUGUAAUGCCAAAGACACGGCCCAUACACGAGCAGAGCGGGAGAUCCUAGAGACAGUGAGGCACCCGUUCAUCGUGGAUCUGCUCUACGCCUUCCAGACUGGGGGAAAGCUCUACCUCAUACUUGAGUGUCUAAGCGGAGGGGAGCUGUUCAUGCAGCUGGAGAAGGAGGGCAUCUUCAUGGAGGACACUGCUUGUUUUUAUCUAGGAGAGAUCACGUUGGCCCUAGGUCAUCUCCAUUCUAACGGGAUUAUUUACAGAGAUCUCAAACCUGAAAACAUCAUGCUUAGUCACCAAGGACACAUCAAGCUAACUGACUUUGGCCUCUGUAAGGAGUCAAUUCAUGAUGGAACAGUCACACACACCUUCUGUGGCACCAUAGAAUACAUGGCUCCAGAGAUCCUGACCAGGUCAGGUCACAACCGAGCAGUAGACUGGUGGAGCCUGGGGGCCCUGAUGUAUGAUAUGAUGACCGGAUCGCCUCCAUUCACAGCUGAAAACCGGAAGAAGACCAUUGAUAAGAUCCUGAAGUGUAAACUCAAUCUGCCCCCAUACCUCACCAUUGAUGCCAGGGACCUCAUCAAGAAGCUGUUGAAGAAGAAUCCAGCCCAAAGACUUGGCUCCAGUAAAACAGAUUGUGCAGAUAUCCAGAAACAUCCGUUCUUCAGGCACAUUAACUGGGAAGAGCUUCUGAGCAAGAGUGUGGAGCCACCAUACAAGCCACAGCUGCAGUCAGAUGAGGAUGUGAGCCAGUUUGACACCAGGUUUACCAGACAGACACCAGUGGACAGUCCAGAUGACAGCACACUCAGCCACAGUGCAGAGCUAGCCUUUGCUGGUUUCACCUACGUGGCUCCAUCGGUCCUAGAGAGUCUAAAAGAAGGCUUCUCAUUCGAGCCCCGAACACGACCUGUGCGCCGACACAACAGCAGCCCGAGAACGCCCAUCAGUCCCCUGAAAUUUUCUCCCGCCGGACCCUUCAAAUCCAGCAUGGACAGAGAGCCGGACCCUUUCUCUCCCACCUCUCCGCCGGCAGCUCCAGUUUCUGUGGCACUGGAAAACGGAGCUGCCAGUCAGCCGAUCAGGACCCCUGCAAGGAACAAGAAGCAGAAGGGCCAUCGGAGAUGAGGAGGAAAUAUUCAGAGCUAGCCUAUGCUGCAAAACUUUAGUCAGAUUAAUAUUUUCGAUGGUAUACAGGAAGUGUUAAGGCACAGAGUUGAAGUGUUUUGUUUUUCUGGUAUAAUGCUUUUUUGGAGUGGUUUAACAGUGAUCUCUGAAAAGCCAAAAGCUAUCGGUUUGCUUUUUUUUUCUGUCAUAUUCAUCUUAGAAAGUAAAUGCAGAUACAGCACUACUUGGGGCUGAUGACUGUCUACAGGUAGAUCACUUUACCCACAUUUCACUGGAUCAAUGUGGAACUUUUGUGCUUUUACUCUUAAAUAGACUGAAGAACCUCAGUUUCAUCAUUGUUCUCAGAUGGUUAUGUUACUGUGUACAGCUUCUGUAUAUCUGCACUUGUAGUUCUGUCACACUGUGGCAUUAAUAUAUGGAAAAUAAUGGCUUGUGUACAACAAAUAACACAGAAAGAGGGAAACAGACUAACUGACUUUUUUCUUCACUGACUUCCCUAAAUGCAUCAUGAGCUGCCAAGGUCAGGUUUUUGUAUGUACUGUGCAUGCUAAUAUGAUUACAGUGAAGGGAAGCUGUGAUAUUAAGCUUUUUUUGGGUUUAAUGAGUUAAUCAGCUUUUAAUUAGUUCAUCAGAGUGUGUGCAGACGUCGGCUAUCACAGGGUGACGUUUUAAUUAGAAAACUGAUGAAAGAUCAUUUGAUUGGAGUCCUGAUUUUUUUUUUUUUUUUUUUCCCAUUAAGGUUUAAAUGUGAAACUGACCUUCAGGCGGUCAAGUUUUCAACUAGGCUGCACAACCCUCCUCCGUGUAGGAAGAUUACGUCAUGUGUUGGGGUGGGACUGUAUCAUAUAGAAAUCUACUGAAUGAUUACUGCAUCACACAUAAGGUAAUUAUAUUCAUGAAUAGCAGGUUUGAUCUGUAGUGAACAUUUCUGUCUGAAAAUAUGGCAACUUUCUUCAGUGUUUGUAAUUUCAUGUUUCUUCAUGUCGACUGCCAAAGUUUCGCACACAUGCUAUCCUCAUAUUGUACAAACGGACCAUUCACAAACAGACCCGAGAGCACUUAACAAGAGGGAAAUACUGUAUUUAUGUGCUUGGAUCAAUAAUAAAACAUCCAUAUACUCAGUACAAUGUGCAGUCAUAGCAGGCUGUUAAAAGUGGUGCUCAGAAAACUAAUUAUAAUCUUGUAUAAAAAGAGUAUUUUGGGUUACUGAAUGAACCUAUUUUUACACAUGAAAUUUCGGUCAAAUAGUAUUUCGUAAAAUCGUUAAUAUUCUGAAGUGCUUGCUUGUCAUUGCCUGACAUUCCCACUAAGUCAAACCUUCAGUCAGACCUUGGAUGGAUCACAGAAAGGUUAUGAGGUUCGUUUGAUGCCAAAAUUCUUUUUUUUUUUUUUUUUUUUUUUUUUUAAGAAAUGACUCGUAGAUUGAGAUAAACUGAACCAAAUCAAAUUGUAUAUAAUAAUACAUAAUGAAAGUAGAAUGGCCAAACAAACCUACACAUCCUCUGUUCUCAGGUGUAGCUUUAUUUAUCAUAUAUAUACAGCUGUAUGGUUUUAUCACCUCUUGUGAAUGAUGACAUCAGCAUUAUACUAUUUAUACAACUCUACAGCUGUAUUGUCUCAUUGCUCUGUCCCAACUGCUAUUGUUACUGUUUAAUUUUAUCAGUUAUAUGUUGAAUGAAAUACUGAUGUAAGCGUUCCUAAAUGCCACUGGUGCCAUGUGCACUGUUGAGAUUAAAAAUGAGAUCUGUGUGUAACACAGAUUAUUAACUCGAUGUGCACCAAAUUGUAAAAACAUAGAUCUCAAUACUGUAAAUAUGUCUGACCUUACAUCAAGACCCAAACAUUAUUUCCUGAGAAAUUGAUGAAAAUUUUGAAAAAUCUUGUAAUUUAUAAAUUCUGGAGCUGGCCUUUAAACUGAACCUGCACCAAAAUGUAAUGGGUUCUUCCUUGUAAUGGGUUCUUCCAUCCCUCCACCAAAUGAGUUCAGUACUUUUUGCAUAAUCCUGCUGACAAAUAAACAGACAUGGGUGAAACAUAACCUCCUUGGUGGAGUUGAUAAAUAAUCUUAUCAGCAAAUGCAGAUAGAAUAUGUAAUAGAACCAUGAAAUAGUGAAAUAAUCCAAUAAACUCAUGGCUACACCAGCAGCAUCCUAGGUAUGGCAGUGUCGGUCUGUUAGUGGUCAGCUGGUCCAAAACUUGGCUCCACACUUGACGCGAAUCCAAUUGUUUUAUUUUAUUGACUUUCCAUCUGGCACCAUCAUAAGUCAAAAUAUGAAUUGGUCCAACAGUGCCUGCAGAAUACCUGCAAAACUAAUGACAUUCCCACCAGCCUCAGUUGUACUUGGUGAGCACUAAUUAGCAAAUGCUAUCAUCCUAACAUCUAAAAUAAGUUUAUGAGUCUGGUAAAUAUUACCUGCUAAACAUCAUCAUGUUAGCAUUGUCAUGGUGAGAGUUUCAGUAUGCUGACUUUAGCAUUUAGCUAAAAAGCACCAUCACAGAGCUGCAAGCACGGUUGUAGAUUAUUAUAUGUUUGGAAAUUUAAUAGAAACUAGACAUCAUCUUGCGAUGGGAUCACACAAACUGUGAUGGCUGUCAACUUGUUGACCGUCCGACACGAGUGCUCAGUAGUUAUUCUCAGUACUCACGAGUCAGACCACAACCAUCUUCAAACUCUGCCUUCAUGUUGAGUUUCAUGAAGAAUGUGGCAACAUGUGGCCCGAAUGUGGACAGACUCACAAGCUGAAAACAAAACCAGCCCGCUGUCACAGCUGGUAACAAUGAGAAAAACUACUGUUUUGGGAAGUGAAACAGAAUGAAAUAAGAUUUCAUACUAACAAGCACUAACUGGUAUUACUUCCUUAUUAUUAUGCUCUAACGAUCAUGCUGCACGUGUCACAGCAGGUGAAAAUGUAUGUUUUAUUGGUCUUGCACAGGGGUGUGACAAAAUGGCUCUAUAGCGACUCCUAGAAUAUUUCAACAAGGCGCUGCUUGCCCAAUGUUUCACCUACAUGUAAGAGAGUCAGUAUGCAGUUAUAAUAGAUAGAUACUUUAUUUGCCAAGGCCUACGCCCAUAACCUGAAUCCUACAGGAAGUCAGACAUUUUGAAUUUACUCUGUGAUUUUGGCGCAGUUUUUGCCAUUUACAGGUGUUGUACUUUAACAAACUCCUAUUAGAGAAUUAAUCAGAUCAACAUCAUAUUUGGUCAGUCGACUCAUCUUUUGAGUUUUGGUUGAACAGCCUGUUCGUGGCGCCGUGGCAAAUUUGUUUUGCUAUGAAAAAGUAUGUUGUUAUAACUUGAGCACACGUUGUCCAAACUGCCCCCAAACUUUAUAUGUUUGACAAAUGUCCCGGCCUGAAGACACCUACAUGCCACUGUUCAGUUAAACUCAUAGCGCCACCCUAUGGCAACAGGAAAUAUCAUGUUUUAAAACUUGAUUUACUUCUUAGUCAGAAAAUACUUAAUCUUAUCCAAUCCUUGAUGAUUGUGCCUCUGUGGCAGUGCAGCAAAUUUCACAAGAGGACGUUGUUGUAACUGAAAUAUACAUUGUCCAAUCUGCCCCAAAUUUCACGUUUGAUGACAGUCCCAGACAUGCUUUUAUUUAUUUAAUGUUGAACUCUUUGGGUCUUCAAAGAAGCAAGUUGCCUUUUUUCUUUCCUCUUUUUAUUUGAACGGGAGAUUCCUGGUUCCCCCUUUGUUUGCAGGUCUGACACAGACACUCUUCCUACUUUCCUCCACCACCCUUCCUUCAUUAACACUGGAAACAGAACUCGUACAUAUUUAAUGCGGGGCUAGGAACAAACAGCUUACCACUGUGUGAAUUAUGUGCCGAGAUAUGUUUGUUGUCACACUGCAGAUUGUUUCUGUAAUGACACUGUAAAAGUACAGUCAUACAGUAUAAAACGUGGUACAUCAUGAAUUGAUUGCAAACAAGGUAUGUAAGUAAUAAACAUUUCUAUAAUUUAUGCUGUUGGUUGAAGUUAACAUAGUAGUAUUUCAGUUUUCCUUUUAAUACAAAAACAAUAAAAUCAAAAAUUCUG